AAUAAAUGAUAUAUUUUAGCACACUUGCAAAAAUCAGUGGCAAUUUCACCUAGUGUUCUCAGCUUGUUUCCAUUCAAAUUCAUUUGGAAACAAAAGUUCUGGUUCUGUGAGUGAAACAUUGUUAACAUGACAGGAAAAUUGAGAUUAGCGUCAAACUAACAGAUAUGAUUUUCAUUACACCUUGCAGUAAGCACUUGCUUAUGCCUUUUUUUAUUUACAACCAAACGAUCACAUAUCAGUAUUCCUUUCCAGCAAACUGCAAGAUCACUGUUAAGAAAUUAAGCAAAUUAAAUUUGAAAUGAUCAGAAAACCAUCACUGAUGACACUAAUUUAACAUUGAGCUUACCCUUGGAGUUUCAGUUUCUGCCUGAAGAAUUAAAAAUCAAAUCACCCACUAAUUUCAACUGACACAAACGGGUUUUCGUGUACAAGCAAAAUCAAAAAACUGAAGAAAUUAGCAACAUUCAGCAUGAUUCCGUCUUAUGUUGCCUUGUCGCUGGAUUGAACUCGGCCGCUAACGUAGAACAUAACAUAGCAACUAUAAAAUUAAUUUAAAACUUUGAUUUGCUUCACAAUUACGUGCGCAUUGUCGAAAAUUGUACUGACUCUCAGAUAGUGCACAUCAACGUAUUCAUCUAAGAAGAGUAAUUUAACUUUACAUAUUAUCUAAAGUACUUUACUUACAAAGUGCACAGCUCACAAUAUUCGCCCGUUUACAAAAACUACAUGUAAGCUGAUUUUAAGUAAACGCUUAAUGUUCCAACUACAAACAUGCUUAACAAAGUACUGGCCAUAAAAAGUCUACAGCACGAACUGAUAAACCGUCCCUUGAGCAAAGUUCCUGUUUAAAAUUGCACAUUUUCGGGUGAAAUCCGGCAAAUGAAGUGAAGUUUAACUCGAGUAUCGCAUUGCUUGUCUACUUCUUCCGCCUGCCCUAAGAGAGAUAUACCUCCAAACAGAGCUCGAAAGAAAGGUCAGAAAAAGGAGAUGCUAUCUACAUGAUCACCACUUACCUGAUCAAGGAACUUUGAUCAAACUCCUCCCUCAAAGAAGGUAAUCAGCAGAGAAAACACUCCACGUUCCACGAAGACAAGGAGAAUAUGGCCGGGACCGGUUAUGCGCAAGUGCGGUGGGAGGGACUCGGGCUGUAAAAGCCCGGAUGUUACAAAGCCAUGCAGACGAGAAAGCAGUUCAUUUGAGUAGCGGUGUUGCUCUUAAAUAUUGCAUAAAAACAUGGCGCCCGGUAAAACACACGUGAAAUUGAAGCUGAAAAAUAAAUUUCAGACGAGAAAAAGAAACAGUUCUGGUGUCAGAAAGGCCAAGAACAACAGUCUCCCUAAAAAGAAGUUAAAAGAAAAAACGUUCCAGCAGAUUGAGGAGAUCAACAAGAGUUUUACAGCUGUCCACAACACACUGUUGAUUGAGGCUAAAAGUCCAGGUGUGACUGAUUCAAAAGUCAAGAUGACAGAACAGCAAUCGUGUGAUAAGAUCAAUAAAGAGAAACUCAUUCCAUCGAAUAAAGAUGUUACUCAAGAAGAACUGUCAGAGACUGUCGAAAACAUCGCAAAUCUGUAGCUGUUGAUGAAAUGCUAACAAUGCAAGGGAACGUACACAACUUCGCCCAUCUGCUCAUCAAAGCUUGUUCCAAUCAGGAUUUUGAUGGUUCAGGAAAAAUGCUAUGUUGUAAAGGGAUGAAAGCAUGAAUGGUACCCAUGAAUUCUAUGAGUAUCUGGUAAGAUUGGGAAAGUUUAAAUCAGGCUUCUUUUCAUCACGAAAAACAACAACAACAGUUGAAAACAACAACAGCAAAAAACCAGAAUUAGCAAAAAGUAAUCUUGAACAGUUUUGGGUGUCCUUUAUUUUUCUCUGCUGAGAAGAAAAAUGAGUUUUAUUAACUUUAUUUAAUACUGUUUUAUAGCCAGAGAAUGUAAGUAAGAUUACUUUCCCGAGAAAAUUAAACAGGAUAUUUUUCUUUACGUAA